AGUGGUGCAGGCUGAUAGAGUGAGGCUGCUGUUAUCACGUCAAGCGUGAGCAAGCAUGCUGGGACCCUAGACUAGACACUCCGACAUAUAUAAUUUCUUGAGACAGUUCUCGCAGUUCAUGAUUACAUUCGAAGUAUCUACAUCGCAUCGCAUGGCGGUUACCGGUGGUCUUGGGUGUUGUCUUGCCGUCUCGCGCGCUCUUGUCAUUUGUGGCGGCCAAACACAGUUACAGUCUGGACCGGCCGAAUUAGUCACCAGUCAACGGGUCAGAAGAGUUCUGCAGUGUCAUAUUCGGAAGGAGGCAACUCGCCGAUUCGGGGCUAAGCCGGACUUACGAGCGACUAUUUGUCUUGAGAUGAUCCAUGGGCCUGUUCCGCUGGAGAUGGGGCCCCAGGGAACCAGUGUGUCCUCGUGGAAUGAAAGGGAAAGCUUGUCAGACGAGGGACAUGUUCGUUCACAGAGAACAGGAAUGGCGGGCAAGGAUCAAUCACAACCCACACCUUGAAGCCUUUGCAAACGUCCGGACUGCUCGAUCUCACACGGGGCCAGGGGAUCGGACCCGGCCGGCUCCACAGUCGGGGACUCGGGCCCCUGAGCUCGGAAUUGAUCAGGGGGUCUGGGGGGUGUCAUCUGAAGGAUUUUACGCUCGGUUAUAGUUCAAACCUAUCUAGUAACUUCCGUAACGCCUUUCAUUUGACGGCCGGGUGCCGUCGUCAAGCCAAGACUGC